GGUCUCGAGUUGGAACUUUACUUGCUGUUGGAACAACAAAGGGAAAUCUACUCAUAUAUAACCAUCAGACUUCUCGCAAGAUUUCUGUUCUUGGUAUGGGCUGGCUUGAAACUACUCUGGCACAUGUGAAAGUGGAAUUUUGCUAAUAUACAUAGUUUCCUUUCCAGUUCUCUGUAUGAACAUGCAGGUAAAAAAUGUGGUCAUACUCAACUUUCACCUUCUAUUGUGGUGUACUCAGCACAGUGUUUUUAGAGUAUAUUAAGUUAUACAUAUAUCUAUAUCUAUCUAUAUAUAUAUGUAUACACACAAAUGCCUAAUACUGCCUUACUGACUCAUAGGGGACUUGUGUUACCUUUCUUGCAAAGGAUCUGUAUGGUUGUUCAUUUACUAAGUUACUCUUUCUUACUUGCUUAGGGUACCUCUGGGCAUAAAGACUGAGGAUGUAACACAAUCCCCAGAAAUGUGAUGCAAAGAAAUGGAAGAACAGGGUAAACACACUAAGAGGAUUACUUGUGGCUGUUGGAGUAUUGAAAACCUCCUUGCUUUAGGUGGUGAAGACAAAAUGAUUACUAUAAGCAAUCAGGAAGGGGAUACUAUAAGACAGACCUCAGUCAGCUCAGAUCCCAGUGACAUGCAGUUCUCAGUUAUGAAGACUGAUGAAAGAGUAUCAACCAGGGAAAGCACAGUAAGUAUAGUGGUUGGCAAGAAGACUCUCUUCCUUUUUAAUUUGAAUGAUCCUGAUAACCCAAUUGAUUUGAAAUUUCAGCAACCUUAUGGCAGUAUUGUGAGCUACAAAUGGUAUGGUGAUGGCUAUAUUAUGAUUGGUUUCUCACAUGGGUGCUUUGUAGUCAUUUCUACACACAUUCGUGAAAUAGGACAAGAAGUCUUUCAAGCUCAUAAUCAUAAGGAUAAUCUAAGCAGCAUUGCUAUAUCACAGUCAUUAAACAAAGCUGCAUCAUGUGGAGACAAUUGCAUCAAAAUCCAUGAUUUGACAGAUAUGAGAGAAAUGUAUGCCAUAAUAAACUUGGAUGAUGAAAACAAAGGUGUAGAUCAGAUGGCUUGGACAGAUGAUGGACAGCUGUUGGCAGUAUCUACGCGAAAAGGAUCCCUCCAUGUUUUCCUGACAAAGCUUCCAAUCCUUGGAGACGCUUGCAGUACACGGAUUGCAUACCUCACUUCUCUUCUUGAAGUCACCAUAGCAAAUCAUGUGGAAAGUGAGCUGCCAGUCACAGUCUCUGUUGAAGUAGAGCCCAGUUUUGUCGCUAUUGGUGUUUAUCAUUUGGCUGUAGGAAUGAACAAUCGGGCUUGGUUUUAUGCACUUGGAGAGAAUAAUGUAAAAAAGCUUAAAGAUGUGGAGUACCUGGGGACAGUAGCAAGUAUGCGCCUUAAUUCCGAUUAUGCUGCUGCUCUUUUUGAGGGUAAAGUCCAGUUGCAUAUGAUAGAAAGUGAGGGUUUGGGUGCUCAGGAAGAACGAGAAACUCGACUUUUCCCAGCAGAUGAUGACAAAUACAGAAUUUUGUGCCAUGCUUUAACUAGUGACUUCCUCAUAUAUGGUACAGAUACUGGAGUUAUUCAUUAUUUCUACAUUGAAGACUGGCAAUAUGUGAAUGAAUAUCGGCAUCCUGUCAGUGUGAGAAAGGUUUUUCCAGAUCCCAGUGGAACCAGAAUGGCUUUCAUAGAUGACAAAAGUGAUGGCUUUGUCUAUUGUCCAGUAAAUGAUAGAGUAUAUGAGAUUCCAGACUUCUCACCAACCAUUAAAGGAAUCCUGUGGGAAAACUGGCCAAUGGAUAAAGGUGUUUUUGUUGCUUUUGACGAUGAUAAAGUAUACACUUACGUUUUUCAUAAGGAUACCAUUCAAGGAUCAAGGAUUAUUUUGGCAGGUGGCACGGAAGUCCCCUAUUCCCAUAAACCUUUGUUGUUGUAUAAUGGAGAAUUAACUUGUCAGACUCAGAGUGGGAAAACAAACAGUAUCUAUUUAAGUACUCAUGGUUUCCUUGGCAAUUUGAAAGACUUUGGACCUGAUAUGCUGAGAAAAAUGCUUACUCAGACUCUAAUGUUGAAAAGGUUUUCUGAAGCAUGGGAGAUUUGCACACUUCUGAAUGACCAGUCUUGUUGGAAUGAGCUGGGCAAAGCUUGCUUACAUCAUAUGGAGGUGGAUUUUGCAAUACGUGUUUAUCGAACAUCUGGUAAUGCUGGGAUGGUGAUGUCACUAGAGCAAGUAAAGGGAAUAGAAGACCACAACCUUUUAGCAGGACAUCUUGCAAUGUUUACUAGUGAUUUUAAUCUGGCUCAGGAUUUGUAUCUGGCAUCCUCCUGUCCUGUUGCUGCUCUUGAGAUGCGAAAAGACUUGCAGCACUGGGACAAAGCACUUCAGCUGGCUAAACGUCUGGCCCCAGACCAAAUCCCUUUCAUAUCAAAGGAAUAUGCAGUGCAGCUUGAAUUCAUGGGUGAUUAUGUUAAUGCUCUGGCACAUUAUGAGAAGGGAAUCACUGGAAACAAUGAGUACCAAGAACAUGAUGAAAUUUGCCUUGCUGGCGUAGCUCAGAUGUCCAUUCGGAUGGGAGAUGUCCGUCGAGGGGUAAACCAGGCCCUCAAACAUCCCAGUAGGUUACUAAAAAGAGACUGUGGAGCUAUCCUGGAGAAUAUGAAGCAAUUUUCAGAAGCUGCUCAACUGUAUGAAAAGGGACAAUAUUAUGACAAGGCAGCAUCAGUGUACAUCCGGUGUAAAAACUGGGCAAAGGUUGGUGAACUUCUUUCUCAGGUUUCAUCUCCAAAGAUUCACCUACAAUAUGCAAAGGCCAAAGAAGCAGAUGGCAGGUACAUGGAAGCUGUGAUAGCUUAUGAACAUGCAAAACAAUGGGAUAGUGUAAUUCGACUAUAUUUGGAUCACCUAAAUAAUCCUGAAAAGGCUGUUAAUAUUGUGAGAGAAACACAGUCUCUUGAAGGAGCAAAGAUGGUGGCCAGAUUCUUUCUGCAGCUUGGUGACUAUGGUUCUGCCAUCCAGUUCCUGGUUAUGUCUAAGUGUAAUAAUGAAGCUUUCACAUUAGCUCAACAACACGAUAAGAUGGAGAUUUAUGCUGAUAUCAUCAGUUCUGAAAGUACUACCAAUGAAGAUUAUCAGAGCAUUGCACUGUAUUUUGAAGCAGAAAAGAAACAUUUUCAGGCGGGGAAAUUUUUCUUACUGUGUGGUCAAUAUGGACGGGCAUUAAGGCACUUCUUGCAAAGUCCAAGCACAGAAGAUAACUUGGCUAUGGAAAUGGCAAUUGAAACAGUGGGACGGGCAAAAGAUGAAGUCCUAACAAAUCAGCUGAUUGACUAUCUUAUGGGAGAGGGGGAUGGCAUGCCCCAGGAUGCCAAGUACCUGUUCCGCUUGUACAUGGCCCUAAAGCAGUACCGAGAUGCUGCCAGAACUGCCAUAAUAAUUGCCAGGGAGGAGCAGUGUGCAGGAAACUAUCGAAAUGCACGUGAUGUUCUUUUCAGUAUGUAUUCAGAGUUAAAGACCCAGAAGAUUAAAAUUUCUUCUGAAAUGGCUACAAACCUUAUGAUUCUACACAGCUAUAUUUUAGUGAAGAUUCACGUGAAACGUGGUGAUCACAUGAAGGGAGCACGGAUGCUUAUACGUGUAGCCAACAACAUCAGCAAGUUCCCAUCACAUAUUGUGCCAAUCUUGACUUCAGCUGUGAUUGAGUGUCACCGAGCAGGAUUGAAAAACUCAGCCUUCAGUUUUGCUGCUAUGUUGAUGAGACCUGAGUAUCGGUGUAAAAUAGAUCCAAAGUACAAAAAGAAAAUUGAAACAAUGGUCAGACGUCGGGACACAACUGAGACAGAAGAGCCAACAACAGCCUGCCCCUACUGUGCUUUCCAGCUCCCAGAGUGUGAACUUCUGUGUCCCAGCUGUAAAAACAACCUUCCAUACUGCAUUGCAACUGGUCGGCACAUGGUACGCAAUGACUGGACGGUUUGCCCACACUGUGACUUUCCUGCCCUCUACUCAGAAUUCAAAAGCGUGUUACAGACUGAAAAUGUGUGUCCCAUGUGUUCUGAAAGGAUUAAUAUUGUUGAUCUAAAGAAAAUAAAUGACUGCACAGAGUACCUCAAACUAGAAGAUGAGGAACAAUGAAUUCAGAACUGCUUAUAUUUGCUGGCAAGCAAGGAAAGUUCUUCACUACAUCACACAUCUCUGCCCCAGAAAGGCCUAAUAACAGCCAUGUCACUUAUAUUUUGUCAUAUCUGUAACUAUUUAGCUUUUGAUAAAUUUUAUACUUUAGUUUAUUGUAGUAAUAAAAUUGGUAAUUAUUACAAACAAAACCUGCAUUUUAUCUGCACCAAAGAAAAUCAAGGGGCCAUGUUUGUAAUGUGAAUGGCAGGAAGAAAAACCACCUCCCCACUUUUCUCUUUUUCAGUAUUGGUUCUGAACUGUUAUGAAUAUUUUCAAUUAAACUUUUUUUUACUCUAAA